AUGUUGAAAAUCCUCUUGCAACCAUUGUACCAAAACUCAUUUCCGCCCUCUUCUUACGCACCUAUUUUCCAGUACUUGAUUGGCAAGAAUUUCCUCAAACUUGGCCAACAAGUUCACGCUCACUUGGCCGUUCGAGGGAUUUAUCCCAAUGGAUUAGUCGCAGCGAAAAUGGUCGCUAUGUAUGCCAGCUCCGGUGAAAUCGACUCCGCCUCACAUAUUUUCGAUAAUGCCACUGAACCCUCUUCGCUUCUGUAUAAUGCCAUGAUUCGAGCACUUACCCUUUAUGGGAUUACUGAUAGAACAAUACAGCUUUACUUCCAAAUGCAUUCUUUGGGUUUGCGUGGUGACAAUUUUACUUAUCCUUUUGUGUUCAAGUCAUGUGCCGACUUGUGUGAUAUUUGGUUGGGGAAAUGUGUUCAUGGCUCAAUAUUGAGAUGUGGGUUGGUGUUUGAUAUCUAUGUAGGCACUUCUUUGAUUGAUAUGUACGUUAAGUGUGGUGAUUUGAUUGAGGCUCGCAAACAGUUUGAUGAAAUGCCCGUGAGAGAUGUGUCGUCUUGGAAUGCAUUAAUUGCUGGGUAUAUGAAGGAUGGGUUAUUCAAAUACGCUGAGGAGUUGUUUGAGAAAAUGCCAACUCGGAAUAUAGUGUCGUGGACAGCAAUGAUUUCUGGAUAUGCUCAGAAUGGUUUAGCUGAUAAGUCGUUGCGAUUGUUUGAUAAGAUGUUGGAUCGUGACUCGGAGGUGAGGCCUAAUUGGGUGACGAUUAUGAGUGUCUUACCUGCAUGUGCGCACUCUGCUGAACUAGAACGUGGGAGGAAGAUACAUAGUUUUGCUAGAGAGACCGGAUUGGAGAAGAAUCCUUCGGUGCAAACAGCUCUUAUAGCCAUGUAUGCGAAAUGUGGCAGUCUGGUUGAUGCUCGUUUGUGUUUCGAUCAGAUGAACCCGAAGGAGAAGAAGUUGGUUGCUUGGAAUACAAUGGUUACUGCUUACGCAUCCCAUGGUUGUGGGCAGGAAGCUGUUUCAACGUUUGAGGAUAUGAUACGAGCUGGUGUACAGCCUGAUGGGAUUACAUUUACAGGCUUGUUAUCAGGUUGCAGCCACUCGGGUCUUGUGGAUGUUGGACUAAGAUAUUUUGAUUGUAUGAGUUCCGUUUACUUUGUGGAGCCGGGACACGAUCAUUAUGCUUGUGUGGUUGAUCUACUUGGUCGUGCUGGACGAUUGGUGGAUGCAUAUAACCUCAUUUCUCAAAUGCCAAUGGCAGCAGGACCAAGCAUUUGGGGUUCGUUAUUAGCUGCUGGUCGAAGCCAUCGCAACUUAGAAAUUGCAGAAUUAGCAGCUAAAAAGUUAUUUAUCUUGGAACCAGACAACAGUGGGAAUUAUGUGGUGCUCUCAAAUAUGUAUGCAGAAGCUGGGAUGUGGGAGGAAGUGAACUACUUGAGGAUCCAACUGAAAUCACAACGUAUUAUGAAGAAUCCUGGAUGUAGUUGGAUUGAAUUUGAAGGAAAGGCCCAUUUAUUCCUUGGAGGAGAUACAUCUCAUCCACAGGCAGAACAAAUAUACAUGUUUUUAGAGGCACUGCCUGCCAAGAUAAGAGCGGCUGGUUACAUUCCAGAUACUACUUUUGCUUUGCAUGAUGUGAGUGAAGAGGAGAAAGAGCAAAAUCUGAGUAGUCACAGUGAGAGGCUGGCCAUUGCCUUUGGCAUUCUUAAUACAAGCCCAGAUACAGUUCUCCGAGUGACAAAGAAUCUUAGAAUCUGUGGAGACUGUCAUACUGUUAUAAAACUUAUCUCGAAAAUAUAUGAAAGAGAGAUCAUUCGUCAAGAUCAAUUAACAAACUCUGUUCGGGAAUUCCUGAAGUUGCUAUGCAUGACCAUGUCCAAGACUACCAGCUGUAAGAUCUACCUUGUUAACUGUCCAGGCUUGGGUGGAAAUGAUUAA